CAGGUUUUGAUUCAAGUCAGCGAAGUCACUUGGACAGGAAACAACAAAUGGACGUCAUUUGUAUUUAGCAUUUUGAGACUCUGGAGAAGGCUUUUCGAAAACAGGACUGGCUAUGGCCUCUAACGAAGAAGAGGAGUAUUGGGAACGCCAGCACAAGAAAAGCAACCGCCCAGCAGACACUGCUUUCAAACAGCAGCGGUUGACUGCAUGGAAGCCUGUCUUCACGAUUCGUAGCACCAUUCCCAUUUUCAUGGGUAUUGGCGCUUUGUUUCUGAUCGUUGGAGGCGUCCUGUACGGAUCUGUGGUCUCGACUAAAGAGAUUGAAGUGGACUAUACGACGUGUGAGAGUGUUGAGUACCAGGGGACGACGUGCGACUCCAUAGUUCGAGGCCACAACGCAAGCAUACCAAGACGGACGGCGUGUACCUGUCGUCUCAACUUCACUCUGGAGAAGAAUUUUGGCGGAACGGUCUUUUUCUACUACAAACUGACCAACUUCUACCAGAACCACCGGCGGUAUGUGCGUUCCCGUAACGACGGACAACUGCGCGGUGAUCUGGCAAGCAAUGGAGACUGUAGUCCGCUUGCAUCUCGUACUUUGAAUAUCACGAAUGCCGAAAACGCAUCGGUUCUCGAGAGCAGGACCAUUGCGCCGUGCGGCCUCAUUGCCAACAGCUUGUUCAAUGACACACUAACACUGCGUGUUGCAUCAACACAGGCUGUUGUCAACGUAACCGGCCGUGGCAUUGCCUGGAAGUCGGACCACACCACCAAGUUUCAAAAUCCGACCGGCGACCUCGCCGCGGCGUUCGGUCGCUACGCCAACCCACCCAACUGGCCCCGGAGUGCCGCUGAGCUGGACCCUAGCGACCCCGAGAAUAACGGCUUUCUCAAUGAGGACUUUAUUGUGUGGAUGAGAACAGCUGCCUUGCCCACGUUUCGCAAGCUCUACCGGAAAAUCCCUCAAGGACUGAAUGCUGGGCAGUAUAUGCUCGAAGUAAACUACCGAUUCCCAACACAUGGCUUUGAUGGUAAGAAGAUCAUGGUCUUGUCCACGAUAUCAUGGUUAGGCGGUCGUAACACAUUCCUUGGCAUUGCCUACCUGACGGUGGGUACUCUCAGUGUGGCGGUGUCAGUGGCCUUUCUUGUUCUCAACGGUCUCAGCUCUGGAAAAUGGUCACUUCGACAGCGUGACGUCUUAUGAUGAUAUUGUGGUGUCGUAUCAUUGCUCUACCUGUCCCUGGAGCAAGCCACCUGGUGAAGCUGGAGCGCUCGUUUACUGGAUUCUGCUCUGUUUUGAGCGGCUGAGCCUGUGCUCACAGUGUCCUGUUCCAGUGAUGGCACACUGCGCGAGCGCGAGAUGCUACUGUCCAUGAUAAUGUACGAGCGGUGCCCUAUUGUGCGCACGGCGGCGGUGGUUGUGUCAUGGUCACUGCGUGCUAUUCCGGCUUCAAGGCUCUGCUGGCGCCGAUCUGUGCUGCAGGACACACCUGACCCCUUUAGCUGGGGUGAUAAUGGGCGCUUAUUUUUUAAAGCCUUGUUGAGUUGUUUUUUUAUCUGCCUGCAGCACACCUGUAUAUAUAGCACAUACCACUGCUAGAACUAGAAGAGAGGAUGCUGACGCCGACUUGACUGUAUGAUAUACGCCGACUGUGUAUAGUUGCCACGGGUGUGGUCGCCUCGGCCACUCGCUUGCCAUUCGCCGAACAAUACUGCAGAGCAUGCCGCCGUAAGCUAACGAAAGCGCUCUCACAGCGCAGCUAUAGCUAUCCGUGCCUGUAUUGUAGCCAGAGCUCUAUUUGGCCGUCGUGGGCAUGCAGAGUUGAAUUUUAGUAGAGUAUUCACUGUUUUUUCCACACUAUGUACCAUAAUUAUUUGUAGGCAGUGCAGGCUCCUGUAUUUACCACUGGCCAUAAUCCGUCACUGCUACAUCGGUAUGUGCCCUUUCUUGCAACUAGGUAUCGUGGGUAAUACCAAGAGUACAUAACCCCCUUAUGUACUCUUGGUAAUACACUUUACUGGUCUCCACUUUACGGAAGUACACUCGGACGUCUCUUAUCCGGGCACCUUGGGACCGGGCACUGCCCGUAUCUCAGAUUUGCCCGUAUCUCAGAAUAACUCAUCUACCAUGUAUCAUAUCAUUUUUUGAAGAAGAUUAUUUGGAAAGUA